AUGCUGCCCUGGAUCCUGCUCGCGUGGGCGGUGGCCUACUCCGCCCUCGCCGGGGCAUCUCGGCUUACCCCCUCUGUGCUGCCGCUGAUUGUCAGAAACCCGUAUCUCAGCACCUGGCUGGCCGAUGCGAGACAUGAGCCGUGGUCGUCAUGGCCUAUCUUCUGGACCGGACAGCAUAUGGGCAUGAGCAUCAUGGCCCAUGUACCCAGCACGGGGAACACCUAUCCCUUGCUUGGCCGGCCUCACGACUCCUUGGGGCCGAACAAUCCAAAUAACAGAUAUAAUGUAUCCUACGCUCAGUUUCUGGGGUCAAAAUACGAUGCCUCAACUACCAACAUGACGUACCUUAUCCAGCCAGAGGGUAAACACCUAGCCGGUGAAUCCGUGAAGAUAACCAUCACCUUUCUCUCGCCAAUUACUCCGACCUCGACCCUGCGCCAGUCUAUUCCUGCCGGUUAUGUCACCGUUCGCGUGGAGGGAAAUAUGAAUGUCAACAUAUACAUGGACAUGAACGGUGAAUGGGUCACAGGAGACCGUGGAAGCUCGCUUAUCUGGAAGAUGGAUAACAUUGUUGACACUAAGAAAGGGGAAUCUCUUUACCAGUGGCAGGUCAGCAGAAAGACAGAACAGCUCUUCACCGAGUUCCAGGACCGAGCAGAAUGGGGAAUGCUACACUUCCUUGCUCCCCAGGGAGUGAGAUAUGAAUCUGGAACAUCGAUGCUCUUGAGAACUAGAUUUGCAAGAACUGGUGUCUUGCAAAACAGAAAUGAUGAGCGUUUCCGUACCGUCAUGGAUGAGGAGCCGGUCUUUGCUUAUUCCAAGGCCUUCAAUCUGAAUGGAACAGAUGACGAGCCAAAUAUAGAGGCUAUCCAUGAUGAAGUCACCUUCACCAUUGCUCAUACCCAGGAUCCUGUUGUCCAGUUUGCCUCUGCCCGUGGUUUGACUCUUAUGAAGCCCCUCUGGGAGUCAUAUUUCCCAGAUGUGAAGAGUCUGCUCAAUUUCCACUAUUUUGAUUUGGACAAAGCCAGGAUUCUUGCGCAUAGAUAUUCGAACCAGCUUGCAAGAGAUGCCCAGCUAUCUGCUGCUGAAGACUAUGUAGAUGUCGUUUCUCUUACCGCCAGGCAAGUCCUCGGUGCCACCUCCUUCUCCGGAACCUCAGAUAAUCCACUUCUCUUCCUCAAGGAGAUUUCUUCCAAUGGAAAUUGCCAGACUGUAGACGUCAUAUUCCCUUCGUUCCCAUUUUUCCUCUAUACCAACCCCAGGUGGUUAGCGUAUCUCCUGGAGCCAUUAAUCGAGCAUAUGCUAAGUGGACAAUACCCUAACAACUACUCCAUGCAUGAUCUGGGUGCCCACUUCCCCAAUAUGACCGGACAUCCGGAUGGAAAGGAUGAGUACAUGCCUGUCGAGGAAUGCGGUAAUAUGCUUAUCAUGGGUCUGUCUAUUGUCAAUUCCCUAAGAUUCCCACCAGAGGCCAAUACUACUGCUCCCCGGUAUCCAGGCACCCUCGAGGCCCGAGACGCUGAACCAGAUGUUGUUGGACUGUUCCCUCUUCGUGAUCUUCAGACAGUUGGUGGUAUUGACAGACUCGAUAGCGUCUGGGGUGUCGGGCCCGAUGCCACAAACUUGGCGCGGAAAUGGGUUGAGAAAUCGUAUAGGCUUUGGAGACAGUGGACUGGUUACCUUGUUGAGUUUUCUCUAGAGCCGCAUAACCAACUCUCCACUGACGACUUUGCUGGAUGGCUUGCGCUUCAAACCAAUCUUGCCCUCAAGGGUAUCGUUGGUAUAAAUGCAAUGAGCGAGAUGUCUAACUUUGUUGGAAAGACUGAUGACUAUAAAUAUUUCAAGAACAUUUCCGAUACCUAUAUCACCAAAUGGGAAGGCUUUGGAUUCUCCAGAGACGGCACCCACGCCAAACUCUCAUAUGACUGGUAUGGCUCCUGGACUACCCUAUACAACAUGUUUGCGGAUGCCCUUCUCUGCUUCCAUCUUGACGGAACGGAGUAUGAUACCCACCCCCGUACACUUGACGAUCAGGAACCAAUAGCUCCACCCCCAGGCAAAAUUGGUUUCAUCCCAAGGCGCGUCUAUGAGAAACAAUCAAAGUGGUACACCACUGUACGCCAGAAGUAUGGCCUCCCACUUGACAGCCGUCAUCUCUACACGAAGUCCGAUUGGGAGUUCUUUUCCAUGGCGGUUUCCAGUCCCUCCGUGCGAAGUGAAAUCCUCCAAUCGUACGCCAAAUGGGUCAAUGAAACCUCUACCGAUCAUCCUCUUACCGAUCUGUACAAGACGGAAGAAGAUGGAGGCUAUCCGGGACCAAACUUCUUUGCUAGACCCGUCGUUGGUGGGCAUUUUGCCUUCCUUGCCUUGGAGAAGGCGUGCAAUGGUAAGGCCACCGAUGGGCUUAAAUUCUUGGAUGACAAGGAUAACAACUCCCCCGAGGAUGCCCCGGAGGACGCCCCCGAGGACGGUGUCCACAAUGGUGAUGCCGAUAAAGAAGACUCUCAGUCCCCUAUCCAAGACUCAGCUGGCUCGGAGGUGAAAGUCGGAGAUCAAGCUCAGUUCCCCAUCCAAGACAUGGAUGACUCGCAGAUGACUAUCGUUAAUGAGGAUGACUAA